GUGCAGUUUUGCAUUUUUAUGAGGUUUUUUAGCUUAGUUAAGUGCAAAUAUAAAAAUAAGAAUUUAGAAAUUAGAAAUUAAAUGUUCUAACCAUUUUCUCCUUCUUGGGAUUAUUUCAUAAUCCAAAAUGGUUAACAUUAUGUUGUUGUUUCUCAGUGUUAUACGAUUGUACUUUAUCAUAUGCUAUAAUUAAAAAAUGUUUCUUUGUGUGUGUGGACUAGUUUAACGGGACCUUUCUCACUUUCAGACAUCAAACAUGAAGAACCAAUGGGCAAUGAUCGCCAUGCUCAUCCUGACUGCACGUGUCAUGAAAUCUCAAACCCAAGCCAGCACACCAGCAGAAGACACAACAUACGACACAUAUCCCACAGACGCAUCAUCAACAGAAGGCUCUUCAUCAUCAGAUGCUAUCUCAGACAGUACUGCAUUCACAUCAGAAUUUCAAUCAGAUUCCUCAACAUCACCGGACAUUGGAUCAGAAACUACAUUAGAUGUCAGCACAUCACCAACACAAAACACACCAUCAAGUGCUUCAGAAUCAUCACCAUCUGCAAACGCAGCAACGACUGAUUACGUUUCAGCGACAUCAUCACUAUCGGAUUCCACUGAAUCUGUAAGUGCAUCAGAUCCAACUGCUUCAGAAUCAUCACCAUCAGUAAACACAGCCACUACUGAUUACGUUUCAGCUACAUCACCACUAUCGGAUUCCACUGGAUCUGUAAGUGCAUCAGAUCCAACUGCUUCAGAAUCAUCACCAUCAGUAAACACAGCCACUACUGAUUACAUUUCAGCGACAUCACCACUAUCGGAUUCCACUGAAUCUGUAAGUGCAUCAGAUCCAACUGCUUCAGAAUCAUCACCAUCAGUAAACACAGCCACUACUGAUUACGUUUCAGCGACAUCACCACUAUCGGAUUCCACUGAAUCUGUAAGUGCAUCAGAUCCAACUGCUUCAGAAUCAUCACCAUCAGUAAACACAGCCACUACUGAUUACGUUUCAGUGACAUCACCACUAUCGGAUUCCACUGAAUCUGUAAGUGCAUCAGAUCCAACUGCUUCAGAAUCAUCACCAUCAGUAAACACAGCCACUACUGAUUACGUUUCAGUGACAUCACCACUAUCGGAUUCCACUGCAUCUGUAAGUGCAUCAGAUCCAAAUGCUUCAGAAUCAUCACCAUCUGCAAACACAGCCACUACUGAUUACGUUUCAGCGACAUCACCACUAUCGGAUUCCACUGGAUCUGUAAGUGCAUCAGAUCCAAAUGCUUCAGAAUCAUCACCAUCUGCAAACACAGCCACUACUGAUUACAUUUCAGCGACAUCACCACUAUCAUAUUCCACUGGAUCUGUAAGUGCAUCAGAUCCAAAUGCUUCAGAAUCAUCACCAUCUGCAAGCACAGCAACUGCUGCUUACGCGUCACCUACAUCGCCACUGUCAGGGGCCACUCCGCCUGUAGGUCCAACAGGCCCAAGCAUUUCACCAUCAGCAAACACAGCAACUGCUGCUUACGCGUCACCUACAUCACCACUGUCAGGGGCCACUCCGCCUGUAGGUCCAACAGACCCAAGCACUUCACCAUCAGCAAACACAGCAACUGUUGCUUACGCAUCACCUACAUCACCACUGUCAGGGGCCACUCCGCCUGUAGGUCCAACAGGCCCAAGCACUUCACCAUCAGCAAACACAGCAACUGCUGCUUACGCGUCACCUACAUCACCACUGUCAGGGGCCACUCCGCCUGUAGGUCCAACAGGCCCAAGCACUUCACCAUCAGCAAACACAGCAACUGCUGCUUACGCGUCACCUACAUCACCACUGUCAGGGGCCACUCCGCCUAUAGGUCCAACAGGCCCAAGCACUUCACCAUCAGCAAACACAGCAACUGCUGCUUACGCGUCACCUACAUCACCACUGUCAGGGGCCACUCCGCCUGUAGGUCCAACAGGCCCAAGCACUUCACCAUCAGCAAACACAGCAACUGCUGCUCACGCAUCACCUACAUCACCACUGUCAGGGGCCACUCCGCCUGUAGGUCCAACAGGCCCAAGCACUUCACCAUCAGCAAACACAGCAACUGCUGCUUACGCGUCACCUACAUCACCACUGUCAGGGGCCACUCCGCCUGUAGGUCCAACAGGCCCAAGCACUUCACCAUCAGCAAACACAGCACAAUCAGCGGCAACAGAUUCCUCCUCCCUCACACGUACAACAUCCCCAACAAAUACACUGAGUACGCCCCCACCGACAGCCCCUUCUACUAAAACGACUACCGCCACUACAACUAAAACUACAAAACCAACCACAGGUAAAUGCAAUAUCUUAUUUGACAAUGUUCAUUCCUCUGGCCUCAUUCCACCACACAUUGCAAGAGCUUCUGCUUCAGCAACCAAAUUGCCUUUACAUUUGUUCCUAUUCAGCCUGUGGCAUAACUCACAGACUUUAUAA